UCUCUUUAUUCUCGGGGAGAAACGAAUUCCAACCACGGAGAGACGCAAGAAUCCAACGUAGGUAGAACAGAGACAAACAGGAAAGUGCCGAGGAAUGCUGGAGAGCGAACGACCCGAGAGAGACAUGGAGGAGGAAGAGUCCACCGAGGAGGAGGAGGAAGAAGGGAUGUCCUUUAGCGAUCCGGAGGGAUUCGAGGACGAUAUCAGUGAAGAGGAGUUGCUUGGUGAUAUCCUGAAAGACCGUCCUCAAGAGGCAGAUGGAAUUGACUCUGUAGUUGUGGUAGAUAAUGUGCCACAGGUUGGACCUGACCGCUUGGAAAAACUCAAAAAUGUCAUCAAUAAAAUUUUCUCCAAAUUUGGUAAAAUUACCAAUGAAUAUUAUCCAGAAGCAGAAGGCACCACCAGGGGAUACAUUUUUCUGGAGUAUGCUUUGCCAACUCAGGCACAAGAUGCAGUAAAGAACGCAGAUUGCUACAAACUGGACAAGCAACACACAUUCCGCGUGAAUCUCUUCACCGACUUUGACAAGUACAUGGUUAUUGGAGAUGAGUGGGAAGCACCUGAAAAACAACCAUUUAAAGAUUUUGGGAAUCUUCGCUCUUGGCUUGAGGAUCCUGACUGCCGAGAUCAGUUCAGUGUUAUAUAUGAAUCGGGUGAUCGUACCUCUAUCUUCUGGACUGAUGUUAAGGAGCCGGUCCCAGUUGAGGAGAGAGCAAGAUGGACUGAGACAUAUGUACGCUGGUCUCCAAAAGGCACUUACCUUGCCACCUUUCAUCAGAGAGGUAUUGCACUAUGGGGUGGAGAAAAGUUCAAGCAAAUUCAGAGAUUCAGCCACCAGGGUGUUCAGCUCAUCGACUUUUCACCGUGUGAAAGGUAUCUGGUUACAUUUAGCCCUCUUAUGGACACUAAAGAGGAACCACAAGCCAUAAUCAUCUGGGACAUACUGACAGGCCAGAACAAAAGAGGGUUUCACUGUGAGAGCUCUGCACACUGGCCUAUAUUCAAGUGGAGUCAUGAUGGCAAAUUCUUUGCUCGAAUGACAUUAGAUACUCUUAGCAUUUAUGAAACACCUUCCAUGGGCCUUUUGGAUAAAAAGAGUUUGAAGAUUACUGGAAUAAAGGACUUCUCCUGGUCUCCUGGAGGUAACAUCAUAGCAUUUUGGGUACCAGAAGACAAAGACAUCCCUGCCAGGGUGACUUUAAUGCAGCUGCCUUCAAGACAAGAAAUCAGAGUUAGGAAUCUGUUCAAUGUUGUUGACUGCAAGCUGCACUGGCAAAAGAAUGGUGAUUACCUGUGCGUAAAGGUCGACCGAACACCUAAAGGAACCCAGGGAGUGGUGACCAAUUUUGAGAUCUUCAGAAUGCGAGAAAAGCAGGUUCCAGUAGAUGUAGUAGAAAUGAAAGAUGGCAUCAUUGCCUUUGCCUGGGAACCUAAUGGAAGCAAGUUUGCAGUGCUGCAUGGUGAAGUCCCCCGGAUAUCAGUUUCAUUUUACCAUGUCAAAAACAACGGCAAGAUUGAGCUUAUAAAAAUGUAUGACAAACAGCAAGCUAACACAAUCUUUUGGAGUCCUCAAGGGCAGUUCUUGGUACUUGCUGGGCUAAGAAGCAUGAAUGGCGCUUUAGCCUUUGUUGACACGUCAGACUGCACUAUUAUGAAUAUAGCUGAACACUAUACAGCCUCUGAUGUGGAAUGGGAUCCAACUGGGCGCUAUGUUGUGACAUCUGUUUCAUGGUGGAGCCACAAAGUGGAUAACGCUUACUGGAUGUGGACAUUCCAAGGCCGCCUCCUUCAAAAGAACAACAAGGACAGAUUUUGCCAGCUUCUCUGGAGACCAAGACCUCCAUCAUUGCUUAGCCAAGACCAAAUAAAGCAAAUCAAGAAGGAUUUGAAGAAGUAUUCAAAGAUAUUUGAACAAAAAGAUCGUUUAAGCCAAUCUAAAGCCUCAAAGGAACUAAUAGAGCGCAGACGAGCCAUGAUGGAAGAAUACAAGACAUACCGGGAGAUGGCAGCAAAACUAUACAUGGAACAGAAAGCUGCCCGUCUGGAGAUCAGAGGAGGCGUGGACACAGAUGAGCUGGACAGCAAUGUGGAUGACUGGGAGGAAGAGACUAUAGAGUUCUUUGUAACUGAAGAAAUUAUCCCAGUGGAAGAGUAGUCUGCUAACGAUCUGUACCAACAUAUUUGGCGACUGUUCUCUGCCAGGGGGUCAGACUCCAAGAUUCCAUUUUAUCUCUCCUCGGCAACCUUGAAUGGACAUAUAAAUCUCUCUGAAGUUGUGCCUUUAGCCCUCAUUGGAGGAUAUUUUAAAGGGCACUUCUUUUUAAUUGGAAAUUGAUAGUACUACUUCUUGGACCUGCCACUUGCUCCAUCUCUGGCUAUAUAAAAUUGUGCUUUCUGUGCUGCUGGUAUCUUCUGGGCUACAGUUCACUGCACCAUGAAUUAUUUUUCAGCAUCUCUGUGCCUGCUGGAUCAUCUUGUGAAGGGCUGUUCAUUUAAACCAAUCAAAUGGACAAUCCUCAGUUCUGUUUUGCAGAUGAAUAGCAAUGAAGCAGCGGCAAUCAGUGCAUUUGGUGCACUGAACCAGCAUUACAGUGGACUUUAUCCGCCUCCAUUCAGGCUUCAACAAUGUGGGAUUAAGAUGGAAUUUAAAGUAAACAUCUAUUUAAAAAAAAUA